AUGACGCUUUUCAAGUUCGCGUACACUACGAUAGGGCUUGAUCCACGAUAUCCGGUCCCACCGGGAGAUAUGGGCCGUCCGGUGGUAUUGCCAGAUAAUUUGUCACCAACUGUACUCGCGCUGGUUCAGCGUGGCUGGCAGGAGCAAGGACUGAACCAGUACGUUUCGGAUAUGAUUCCACUGCACCGACGGCUUCCGGACGUGCGUGAUCCUUGGUGUAGGGCGGAGGAACAGGCGCGACGAAGCCAAAACAUUGGUCCGACCACACUGCCAGCUUCAUCGAUUGUGAUUGUGUUCUACAAUGAAGCUUGGUCUGUGCUGCUAAGGACCGUGCACUCCGUUCUUGAUCGUACACCGAGUGAGUUGAUCGAAGAGAUACUGCUCGUCGAUGAUAGCUCGACGAUGGAGCAUCUGCACCAGUCGCUAGAGCAGUACAUAGCCAAUCUUCCGAAAGUUCGUCUCAUACGUGCUCCGACGCGGCUUGGAUUGAUUCGUGCGCGACUCCUCGGUGCAAAGUCCGCCCGGUCGGGGAUUAUCACAUUUCUCGAUGCUCACUGUGAGGUGAUCGAAGGUUGGUUGGAAGCACUGAUUGCACACGUGGCCCAGAACGAAACGAUGAUCGCUAUUCCGGCCAUCGAUUGGAUCCACGAGGACACACUCUCACUGAACGCACAGAACUCGGUCCGUUACUAUGGUUCCUUUGAUUGGGGAUUGAAUUUUCAGUGGGGUGUCCGGGCGGAUCGUAUCGUGCAGCAAUCGUCGCAUCCAGCGGCACCAUACGAUACACCGACGAUGGCCGGUGGGUUGUUUACCAUCCAUCGAUCAUUCUUCGAGCGGCUCGGUUGGUACGAUGAGGGAAUGCAGAUUUACGGUGGUGAAAAUAUGGAGCUUUCCUUCAAGGCGUGGAUGUGCGGUGGUAGGAUGCAGAUCGUCGCCUGCUCUCGAGUCGCCCACAUUCAGAAGCGUGGCCAUCCGUACCUAAACCAGGUGCGCGGAGGGUACGCCUCGGUACGGCGUAACUCGAUCCGAGUGGCCGAAGUGUGGAUGGAUGCGUAUGCGGACUACUUUUACGAAUCGUUCGGUGGCCGCGCGAAACGUGGUCAGUUCGGGGACGUCUCCUCAAGGCGUGAGCUACGUAAACGGCUCGGUUGUAAACCGUUCCGUUGGUACAUGGAGACCGUGUUCCCGGAACAGUUCGAUCCUAGCCGGGCGGUUGCACGGGGAGAAAUCCGAUUCGCUGAUGAUUGUAAGGAUUCUAGUCCCCUUUGUCUCGAUUGCCCGAGCUUGCUGAGUGUGGUCCGAUGUCAUGGUUACGGUGGCCAUCAGCACUGGUACCUGACGGCCAAGGGUGAGGUGACACGCGAAGAUCACUGUCUGGAUUACGAUGGUGAGCAGCUGAGCGUGGUGCGGUGCCAUGGGUUGGGUGGCAAUCAGCGGUGGAGCUGGUCGCCGGAUACGCGCCAGCUUAAGAAGCUCACGUACGAUCGUUGUUUGCAGUGGAAUGGCAAUGAGUUGCUGCUUGAGCUCUGUGAUUCGAAAGCACCAAGCCAGCGGUGGCAGUUUUACAAUUAUCAACCCGACAAUCUGUGA